GCAAAGUGGAAGUGAAUUAAGGUGACAAAUUACCGCCAUUUAAAGUGGGGUGUACUUCCAUCAAUUGGCGACGGCGGGGCAUUGACAGAUAAGAGCAGGCAGUUGGCAUGUGGAUCAUGAUGGUAACAAGUGCGCCAUUGCGUCCUCGUCGAGCUGGUGGAAUUUUGCGCGGUUUUUUUGUUAUUUUCCCUAUCGUUUAAGUGUGAAAGUAAGUGGAUGGUGGUGAAGUUCCGGAUCGGGUGAAUAAUGGUUUUCGUGUAAGAUAGAUUUUUAACCUCAACUCACAAUAUCGAAACAGAAAAGUUUCCAGUUUAUGGAUGCUAGUCAAGUGUAUAAAUAUAAUUUAAUUUCCCAAUCAAGCUGAAAAAUGAGUUCCGGAAGCCACAUGCAUUUAAAUGUAUUGUUCGUAGCUGUCUUUCCACUAGUUGCAGCUAUGCUUCCCGUGGAAUAUCAAUCUCGGACAGAAAAUACUGUACAUUUUUGCCCGGUAUUCUUGCAGUCAGAUAUAGGAACUAUUAUAGAUGUUCUUACUUCCGAAAUAGCCAUGUGUUUCACUGAAAACCAGAAUCGAGAGCCGAACAGUGAUCUACAGAGUCAGGAUCGAACGGAUCGUCUACGAGGAUGCCCUGCGUUUCAAUCGUCACUUCAAUGUUCUUCCGAUUUCAUGCAGCGCAUGGAAGAAUGCUCACCGCAGCAACCAAUCGUGAACAUUCUGUCCCUCGCAAUUGCCGUGAUGAAGACAGCCAUCUGUACUGAUCCUGCAUCAAAACCUCUGGAAACAAUGAAGCACCUGACUUGCGAGGAUCAACCCACCACAAUUAUGCGGCAGUGUCUGGAAAAGCUGUCCAAACUGACAACAAUCACGCUAUCCAGAUUCACAUUCGCCGAGUGCCAUGAUAUGCGGACGACGAGAGACUGCUUCAACAGAUAUGCCCUACAGUGCGGAACUCCACGGGUGAUUGAUAUACUAAAUCGUGUUUACCGGAACCUUGUGGAAAAGACGCUUUGCGACAAUCCGGAAAAUUGAAAUAAUUGAUUAAUUUUUGAUAUUCAUGAUAGUAAUCAAAUGAAGUAACAAUAUCUGUCCUUGAAAAGAGAUACGUUUAUUUCUGGCGUUCUCCGAAUAUUUCGUUAUAUUUGUAUCGAACAUGAUAAUCGAUAAAAUUUUUAGCCACCUGUUCAUAAACGUUGCAAACAGAUUUGAC